AUGUUAUAUAAAGCAGAUAAAGAUAUGAAUUAUUCUCAAAAAAAUGAGCGAUUGAUGUCCUCUCUGAAUGACCAGUCACAGCAGAUAGCCAGUUUAACAUCCACUGUGCAGGGUCUGGUGCAGCAGGUAGAACGCCUGACAGGCCAGGAUCGAUAUCAAGCUGUGCUAAUGGACAAAACGACCGACCAAACCAAGGACCAGACAAACGUGAAAGGGACAACCAAUGCCAAUGUUAAAGAGGGUAUGUCUCUAUAGAAAUUGAGGUGCUGCUUCAAUGGGGGGUAUAAUAGGAUAACUUGGUUUUAUCAACUGAGUUGAUGAUGUAAAUUGUUCACCAUAAAGAAUUUCUAAAGCUGACGUUUCGACCGGCAGCCCUUCGUUAGAGCGAACAUAGAAAUUUUGGGUUUGCUUGUUUUAUAUGCAGAAAAAUAGUAGUCUUACCAAUAAUCACACUCUUACUCGUAUCUGACACAUCAUUUCCCGCAAGUUAUUAUUGAAUAGGAAUCUCUUUUUUUUUAAGGGCGGGGGGGGGUACUGGUGUAUUGAUAAGCCUAUGUUACGCAGAGCUAGGUUCUUUUCUGUUCUAAAAACAUCAAUGAAGUCUGAUUGAUGAUCGUAAUGUAUUUAGUAUGAUGGUCGUCUUAAUUAUCUACUGUUUUUUAUUUAUUACAGGUGGUACUAUGAAACAGGGCUUCAAGCCUAAAUUAAUCAAUGAUAUUGAAGUAGGUAUGAAGGUCUUGUUUAGUCUUUUUGGGAAACGUCGAGGAACAGUCAAGUACGUUGGACCUGUUGCUGGCCAUGGAUCUAGAGAUUGGCUCAGCGUAGAGUUAGAUCCAGAUCAAGGUAAUAUGAUGAUUAAAAUGAACUAA